ACCGCUAGAGCGCCGGCCACCGACAGCAUUGACCGUCGCCGGCUGUGUUGUGAUUCGCUAUCGCUGUGGUAGGAACCGGCGCGCGCCGGUGGCUGUCGCGUGGAGUCGAGGGCGGAUAGUCGGCGUCGUCGGCGUUUGGGAGCUGCGUGUCGCGUGUGGAGUCAGCUGGAGGUCACAGCGGUCAUCGGUGCGCCUGCGCGUAUUGUGGUGAAGAUGGCUAAGACUGCUGCUUUGGAAGCCAAAAUUCAGGAGUGGUUGUCAUGGGACAAGAACGACGCCACCCGCUCGGAGAUCGCCUCGCUGCAGGAGGCCGGCGACUGGGGGCGCCUCUCCUCACUCCUCGAGAAGCGGAUGGCGUUCGGAACGGCCGGACUGCGGGGGCGCAUGGGCGCCGGCUACGCCUGUAUGAACGACCUGGUGAUCGUACAGACCACCCAGGGGCUGGCCGACUACCUGCUGAAGACGGUGCCCAACGCGGCACAGCGAGGGGUCGUGGUCGGAUAUGACGGACGAUAUCACAGUCGGAGGUUCGCAGAGCUGACGGCCAGCAUAUUCCUACACCUGGGUGUCAAGGUGUGGCUGUUCGCCAAAAUCUGCCCCACGCCCUGGGUGGCAUUCGGCACGCGCUACUACCAGGCGGCCGCCGGCAUCAUGGUCACGGCCUCACACAACCCCAAACAGGACAACGGCUACAAGGUCUACUGGGACAACGGCGCACAGAUAAUCCCUCCGCACGAUUCUGGCAUCCAGUCGGCGAUCCAGGCGCUGCUGGAGCCGCGCGCCACCUCGUGGGACACGUCCGUUAUAGGUGGCGCCACUGACCCGGGCCCCGAGCUGACGCCCGCCUACAUGGAGCGGCUGUCGGCGGCCAUGCGGCAGCCGCAGAUGAACGCCGACAGCCCGAUCCGCUUCACCGUCACCUCCAUGCACGGUGUGUCUCACCCGUACAUGUGUGAGGCGUUCAAGGCGUGCAACUUCAAGCCGUUCAUCCCUGUCAGGGAGCAGAUGGAGGCGGACCCGGAGUUCCCGACCGUGCCGUUCCCGAACCCGGAGGAGGGCAAGUCGGCGCUGAACCUGGCCAUGGCCACCGCAGACGCCGGCGGCAGCACGGUGAUUCUCGCCAACGACCCGGACGCCGACCGCCUGGCGGUGGCCGAGAAACAACCCAGCGGCGAGUGGCGUGUGUUUAACGGUAACGAGACGGGCGCCCUGCUCGGCUGGUGGUGCUGGUCCUCGUACCCCUCACCAGACGACAAAGACACCUGUUACAUGCUCGCCAGCACGGUCUCGUCCAAGAUUCUGCGCUCCAUCGCCGAGAAGGAGGGCUUCCACUUUGAGGAAACCCUGACCGGCUUCAAGUGGAUGGGUAACCGGGCCGAGCAGCUGAUGCUGCAGGGGAAGAAGGUGCUGUUCGCCUUCGAGGAGGCCAUCGGCUUCAUGUGCGGCACCACGGUGCUGGACAAGGACGGCGUUAGCGCCGCGCUGGAGGUCGCCCAGAUGGCCACCACACUGGCCAACAAGGGACUGUCUCUGACGCAGCAGCUCGACCUUAUCUACGAUAGAUACGGUUUCCACACGACCAACAACUCUUACUACCUCUGUCACGAGCCGGAGGUGGUGAAACGCAUGUUCGAGCGCAUCCGCAGCCUCGGCGGCGCUCCGGGCAAGUACCCGACGUCCCUGGGCGGCGGCCAGUACCGGAUUGGCGCCGUGCGUGACCUGACCACGGGCCACGACUCUGGCCAGCCGGACGGGCGCGCCAUUCUGCCCGUGUCGUCCUCCAGUCAGAUGAUCACCUUUACGUUCUCCGAGCCGCAGGCGGUACUCACGCUGCGCACCAGCGGCACAGAGCCCAAGAUCAAGUGGUACUCGGAGAUCCGCGCCCAGCCCGGCCAGACGGACCGUGACGCCGUGAAGCGGCAGCUGGACGCUCUGGUGGCGGCCAUGGUGGACGAGCUGAUGCAGCCCGAGCAGAACGGACUCAUCGCCAGGAAGGAGUGAGCGGCCCGGGCGGCACUGGGACGGCCCAGGGGAGACGGGUGAACGGCGCGCGGCGCCGCGCCGGCCGUACGGGGGAGCGGCGCAGUAGGUGCUUACCGCCCCCAUAGCUAGUGAUGCGCCUAGAGGCUGCCCGCUAGCAGGCUAUCCGCCAUAGCGUCUUCUCUGAGUUGAUGAUGAAAUCAAACGGUGUUUUCGGAUAGAGCUGUGCAGUUCAGUGUUUUGUGGCAUUUCGUCUUCUGCGUAGCUGUGCUUUUGCUUGAUAAUGUCGGCUUCCAGCUCCGAGUCGCUCCGAUUCUGAAUCGGUAUUAACUGCGAGUACUAACCGCCUGUCGAUAUUUCGCUCUGGGCUCUUCUGUUGUUAAUGGACUGUCUCUCAUUAAUUGGGAUUUUGAGCUCUAAUCCAUGCUGCUUGUCGAAAAAAAAAAACUGACAAGGCUAUCUCGUAAGCAUAGGUGGUUUGACAUGAUGCUAAGGACGGGUGUAUAAUCGUAUCUUCUUAACUUCGUUUAGUCCUUCUGUCACGUCGUUUAGAGCUGCUAUUUCAUAUCGUGUGUAACAUAGUGCUGGAGAUCAAAAUGGCGAACCUUGUUAUGCCACUAGUCGAUUAGCACUUGUGGAAUGCCGAUGAAAAGUGUUUCUCCCAGUUUUAGUAGUAAGAUAGUAGCGCUGGAUAUUGGUCACAGAAAAAGCCAACCUAUUCUGCGUUUCGCAUAUUCUUUUACUUUAAAUUCCGCUAUUAUUAAAAAGUAUUUUAUUACGGACCUACCUUUUGGUCGUAAUUGACUGUAUGUACCGUUUUGUCUAAAAUAUUGUGUGGUUCUCAUUAAAAUUAAGAGGUAAAUUCAUUGCACUUUGACAAACAUUCCAUAUGCGUUUCCGUUUGAUGAAGGUGUCUGCCGUCAGGUGAUAUGCUGACCUGCAGAUCAUUUUGGUACUUUGAUAAGCUCGCAAUGUAAAACGCUUUGGGCCUAGUCAUUUAGGAGUCAGUGGUCGGUUGGCUGUUUCGCUGCGUGACAUUAUAAAAUGCGGGCUUAUUCUAAAGGGAUGUGUGUCAGUUUACAAUUUACGGGGACAGUUUGCCCUAGGUUUGUUAUAUAAUGUUCAACAAUGAGAUCGCCAUCCAAUUAACUUCAUAAAUUAAUUAAUUAACAUUCGUGAUGCGUGAUGCGUUGCAUCUGGUAUCACCGUUCGUUGCAAAUGACCUGCGUUGUGAUGGAUUGUCAAGCUGGCCUCCAAACUGGCAAAUCCUUAUUUGGUGUCCUUAAAAAUGUGUUUUGCUCUGGAUGUUUGAUGUCUCAAUAAUACGUCGCAAGAACAAGGCGACUAAAACCUCAUUAAGGCCAUAAGUUAAGCCGUGCCAUAAAAUAAACGUGCGCAUGAGUGUAACUGGAAAGGCUGUCGUUCCAUUAUUGGUUAAUGAAACAUUGUGAAAGCAGAAGAGUUCGAUCGCUUGGUAUUGCCUCCAUCGCGGUGCUUGUCAGAUUAUCAGUAGCCACCGAUGCCUGGCACGCCCGAUGGGGUCGAGAAGGGUCAGCGUUUUAACGUUUGAAUUUAGCUCGCAGUCAGUGUAUCGGCGUAUCUUUUGAGUGAUGUGGAGCUGAUCGCGUUUUGAAUUGUUGGCGAUGCGUCGGUCGAAAUGACCCGCGCCUUGACCUCCCCGCCGCCGCGAUCGGUCUCUGCCGGAUUUGUUUUUGUGAAGUUUUCUGGAGCUAGCGCGCUGUGUCGCAUACUGUUUCGUCAGUGCAUUGUCUGACCUAGUCAAUCUGCACAUGCGUACACAAUAUACACAUACACAGCGUCUUGCCGAUUCCGUGAUUUAAUCUCCGUGAGCUUAUCGCUGUGAGUUCGUGUCAGUGAGUCUGUCUCCGUGAGUCGCCCCUUCGGCGUGACUGCCUCUUCACUGUAGUACGCUACCCAAUCCAUCCCGUGACGCCUCGUGUCCGGUCCCGGCUUUUGUGCGGUCAUCGCAAAUGAUGGUGGCUUUGAAAUGGCUUUUGGCGAUGUGAAUACACAAUUUGAUGUGCA